AUGGUAAGGAAUGGUUUAUUGUCGGUGUAUGAUUCUGAUGGGAUUCGUCAGACUUCUCAUAGCAAGAUAGCGAAUGUGGCUGUUGAAUAUUUUAGUGGGACUUUGGGGUCACAGAGGGUGGGUUAUAGAGAUCUUACGUCCCAGAUUGAUGCUAUUGUGCAGGGUAAACUGCGUUGUGUGAUGAAGGUGGAUCUUCAAAAAGCCUAUGACUCUGUUAAUUGGGCUUUUUUGUUUGUUGUUCUUCUGGCUAUUAGAACACCUUUAAAGUUUGUGAGCUGGAUUCGUGCUUGUGUUACCUCCCCAUUUUUCUCCAUGAUGAUUAAUGGAGCUCUAAAGGGAUACUUUUCUGGUAGGAAAGGGUUACGGCAGGGAGAUCCUAUGUCUCCGUUUUUGUUUGUGGUGGUUAUGGAGGUUUUAUCUCGUUUGUUGAACAAUCCUCCUCCCUCUUUUGUGUUUCAUCAUAGGUGUGAGAAGUUUGCAGGGUUUUCUGGGUUGGUGGCUAAUGUUGGGAAGAGCUCUAUGUUUGUGGCUGAUGUUUCUGGUGAUGUUGUGAAGGACCUGACUAGGAGUAUGGGGUUUGCCCUAGGGUCAUUACCUGAGGUGGAUCGUAUCUUACGAGCGUACUUAUGGCAUGGGCGGGCUGAUGGUAAUGGAGGUGUGUUUGGGAUGAGGUUUGUUUGCCUAAAUCUAAAGGGGGUUUGGGAUGUGGUUCCGAGGGUGGGUGAGGAGGAUAGUUGGGCUUGGAUUCCGAGUACUAAUGAUCGUUUCACUGUUGCCAGUUUGUGGGAGAGUUUGUAUCCUAGACAUCCUAGGGUGGCUUGGGCUUGUUUGGUUUGGUCUGAGGAUAAUAUUCCAAGGCAUUCUUUUUGUGCCCGGUUGGCGGUGAAGGAUAGGUUAGGUACUUGGGAUUGGCUGAGGAGUUGGGAUCAGUCGGUGGAUAAUGCUUGUCUACUCUGUUUGGGUGAGGUUGAGUUCAAGAACCAUCUGUUCUUUGACUAUGUGUUUGGGCGUGAAAUUUGGGAGGGUUUGGUGCGCUUUUUGGAUUCAUCUCAUCGUGUUGUUGGGUGGGAUGUGGAGUUGAGUUGGGGGAGGAACCGUCGGUUAUACGAUGAUCAGUCGAGAUUGACACCUACUGUCUUUUAG